ACAUCAGACCAAUGCCUUGUUCUUCUGACACUUCAGCUACCUCUGACACUUCAACUACUUCUGACACUUCAGCUACCUCUGACACUUCAACUACCUCUGACACUUCAGCUACCUCUGACACUUCAACUACCUCUGACACUUCAGCUUCUUCUGACACCUCAACUACUUCUGACACUUCAGCUACUUCUGACACGUCAGCUACCUCUGACACUUCAACUACCUCUGACACUUCAGCUACCUCUGACACUUCAACUACCUCUGACACAUCAGCUACCUCUGACACUUCAACUACAUCUGACACUUCAGCUACCUCUGACACUUCAAUUACUUCUGACACUUCAGCUACCUCUGACACUUCAACUACCUCUGACACUUCAGCUACCUCUGACACUUCAACUACCUCUGACACUUCAGCUACCUCUGACACUUCAACUACUUCUGACACUUCAGCUACCUCUGACACUUCAGCUACCUCCGACACUUCAGCUUCUUCUGACACCUCAACUACUUCUGACACUUCAGCUACCUCUGACACUUCAACUACCUCUGACACUUCAGCUACCUCUGACACUUCAACUACUUCUGACACUUCAGCUACCUCUGACACUUCAGCUACCUCCGACACUUCAGCUACCUCUGACACUUCAGCUACCUCUGACACUUCAGCUUCUUCUGACACCUCAACUACUUCUGACACUUCAGCUACCUCUGACACUUCAACUACCUCUGACACUUCAGCUACCUCUGACAUUUCAACUACAUCUGACACUUCAGCUACCUCUGACACUUCAGCUUCUUCUGACACCUCAACUACCUCUGACACCUCAACUACCUCUGACACUUUAGCUACCUCUGACACUUCAGCUACCUCUGACACUUCAACUACCUCUGACACUUCAGCUACCUCUGACACUUCAACUACCUCUGACACUUCAGCUACCUCUGACACUUCAGCUUCUUCUGGCACUUCAGCUACCUCUGACACUUCAGCUACCUCUGACACUUCAGCUACCUCUGACACUUCAGCUUCUUCUGACACUUCAACUACCUCUGACACUUCAGCUACCUCUAACACUUCAGCUUCUUCUGACACUUCAGCUACCUCUGACACUUCAGCCUACCUCUGA